AUGAUCACUGCAUCUGUUUUAUUUCAACAUCUUAUCGCACGAUGUAAGUCAGCAAUGAAAGUUCCUGGAACAUAUCUUGUAGAUGCAACGACACAAUCAUCUAUAAUUAAUGAAGAAAUCGAGAUACAAUGGGAAAAAACAUGUGACUCCUAUAGGAAUGAACGACAAUGUAAUGAUUAUCAACGUAUAGAAAACGAAAUAUAUUAUUGUUUUGAUGCUAUUGUUAAUGAUGCAAGAAAAAUAAUGAUUGGAUUAGAUUCUAUAUCUUCAUUACAAUAUGUUUUAAUAACUUCAAUGAGAAUUUGUAUUGAACCAAAUUUUAAACUGGAAAUUCGUACUGGACUUGGUGGAACAAGUGAUUCACUUUCUUUGCGUACACCAUCUUAUGCUGUUGCAGGUGUUGAUCUAUUACGUCGUCUAAUACAACUGCAAAAAAAAUUUGAACAACUUCCAACAACUCAAGAAAAUAUUCCAACAAGAAUAUUGAAUAAUCCUCCAGUACUGACAUUUUUCAGUGCUUGGACAGCUGCAGUUCGAGUAAAUAAUCUCGAUGCUGAUAUUGGUAGAGAACAUGCACGGAAGAUGUUAUCAUAUAUAAAAAAGUAUAUUGAUAAUUAUCAUCCAAACUUAACUCAAUAUAUUCGAUAUGAAAUGGAUCAUGAAAAUACUUAUGAAGAUACAUUAUUAAACUAUAUAAUUGCUCAUUACAAUGAAAGUUAUAAUGAUGAACAGAUCAGACAACAAUUAAUUACUCAAGCAAUAAGUCGUGGUAGUAAUGAAGAUGGUUCUACUAGAUAUACAUCAAUGCAUUUAAUUGUAUUCAAAGAUAUAAUUGAUAAACAAUCUUCACAACAAUUAUUUCAUUUAUUAGAUGAAACUCAAAAUAAUGAAUCAACAUGUUUAUAUGAUUGUGUAAUUACAAUCGGUGGAUCAGUUGAAAAACGAUUUAAUGAAGUACGUUAUGCAAUUCGACAAGUUUUUAUCAAUGAUUCGGAAUUAAAUAAUGAACAAUAUCAUUUUCCAUUAUCAAUUCGAAUGUUAUCACAUGCUGGACAAACUCCUGUAUAUUAUCAUGAUAAAAAUGAAAUUACAGUUCAUCAAAUUUCAAACAGAGAGAUUACUGAUUUACAUAUAACUGAUAAAAAAUAUAAAGAUAUUAAAGAAGAUUUAUCUAUAUUAAUAGAGGAUAUUGGUAUAAGUGAACUGAAAUCAAUUUGUACUCAUAUAGAUCAUUUAGGAUCACAUGAUAUAUCAUCAUGGAAAAAUAUUGUAUCAACUUUAAUUGAUUUAUGUUUAGAUAUUUGGCGAAGUCAUGCAAGAGAUAAUAGAAUAUGUCAAUGUUUAAUAGAGAAUAAAACGGCAGUUGAACAAAUAUGUGAACAUUAUCAAUUAUCAAAUGAUCCUAAUAGUGUUGAAUGUUUAAUUCUUACUGGUAUUUUAAAAGAACUGGAGAAUAAAAAUCAUAUUCAUUUUGGUGAACGUAAUACAACAAAUCGCCGCCGUAGUAAUAGUAUAUGUACAAAUAGAGAAACAACGGAUACAAUUAUUCAUAAACUUGAUGAUGUACUAAGUCAAAGACUUAUUGAAUUUAUUCGAAAUCAAAUUUUCUAA